AUGGAAUUCAUGGAUUCCUCACGACAACCUCUGAUUCCGAGAUUCCUCUACUCGUCUAUGAAAUUCAACGAUUUUGAGCAUUUGAGGCCGAAUCAACGAGAUACCUCGUCCUCUUUGAGAUCUACUCCUUCGAUUUCAUCGUCAUCGUCAACGCCGAAAAGAGGUUUUGUGGUUCCGGCUCCUAGCGAGCCACGUAAGAUCGCAAUGUUCUCUCCGGCGUAUUACGGAGCGUGUACAGCUGGUGGUAUUCUUAGUUGUGGUCUCACUCACACGGCCGUCACUCCGCUGGAUCUCGUCAAAUGUAAUAUGCAGAUUGAUCCUGCAAAGUACACGGGUAUCAGUUCUGGUUUUAAAGUAUUGCUCAAGGAGCAGGGAGUAAAAGGAUUUUUUAGGGGUUGGGUUCCAACUUUGCUUGGUUACAGUGCACAGGGUGCUUGCAAGUUCGGAUUUUAUGAGUUCUUCAAGAAAACCUACUCUGAUAUGGCUGGCCCUGAGUUUGCAACCAAGUAUAAAACAUUGAUCUUCCUUGCCGGUUCUGCAUCUGCUGAAUUCAUUGCUGACAUUGCACUAUGCCCUUUUGAGGCAGUUAAAGUUCGCGUGCAAACGAAGCCUGGAUAUGCCAAAGGUUUGUCAGAUGGCUUUCCAAAGUUUGUUAAGGCUGACGGUUAUGCUGGGCUUUUCAGGGGGAUAGCUCCUCUUUGGGGACGACAAAUUCCAUAUACAAUGAUGAAAUUUGCAUCUUUUGAGACAAUUGUGGAGAUGUUGUACAAGUAUGCCAUCCCCACACCAAAGGACCAAUGCAGCAAAAGGUUGCAACUUGGAGUGAGUUUUGCCGGUGGUUAUGUGGCUGGUGUAUUCUGUGCCAUUGUCUCUCACCCUGCUGAUAAUUUGGUUUCUUUCCUCAAUAGUUCCAAAGGGGCCACUGCUGGUGAUGCUAUCAAGAAGCUUGGUAUGUUGGGUCUAUUCACUCGUGGUCUUCCUCUUCGUAUUUUUAUGAUUGGAACUCUUACCGGAGCACAAUGGGGCAUCUAUGAUGCUUUCAAAGUUUCCGUUGGCCUGCCUACCACGGGCGGUGCUGCUCCUCCUGCUAAGUAA